AUGAUUUGGCAUGCGAAAUCUUCCUCUGGCGUCACCCUUAAAGCCUUCAACGUUCGAGCUGAAGCUGCUUUAAUUUCUGAGAAAGCUUCAAAAAUUACAACAACAAGGCCCAUUGAUGGUGUAAAAUUAUACGUUGGGCUGCCGCUUGAUACUGUCUCCGACUCUGGUACAAUAAACAACGCACGAGCAAUUGCUGUUGGACUGAAGGCUUUGAAGUUACUGGGGGUAGACGGUGUGGAGCUUCCUGUUUGGUGGGGAAUAGUUGAGAAGCAAGCAAUGGGGAAAUAUGACUGGACAUGCUACCUAGCUCUUGCAGAAAUGGUCAGGAAAAUGGGUCUUAAGCUUCACAUAUCACUGUGUUUUCAUGCGUCCAACGAACCCAAAAUCCGACUUCCUGAAUGGGUUUCCCAUAUUGGCGAAUCCCGACCAGAUAUUUACUUUGCUGAUCGAUCUGGACAGCCUUAUAAAGACUGUCUAUCCUUAGCUGUGGAUGAUCUUCCUGUUCUAGAUGGAAAGACACCAAUUGAAGCAUACACGGGGUUCUGUGAGAGCUUCAAGUCAUCGUUCUCGGCUUUCAUGGGGUCCACAAUCACGGGCAUAUCAAUUGGUCUUGGACCGGAUGGUGAGCUUAGGUAUCCAUCUCAACGGCAGACAACCAAAGACAGUAAUCAACUUGGAGCAGGAGAAUUUCAGUGCUAUGACAAGAACAUGCUAAGCAAUCUUAAGCAGCAUGCAGAAGCACUUGGGAAUCCUCUAUGGGGAUUAGGCGGCCCGCAUGACACCCCCGGCUAUGACCAGUCACCAGUCUCGAACGGCUUCUUUGUGGACGGAGGAUCUUGGGAGAACCCAUAUGGAGAUUUCUUCCUUUCUUGGUACUCAAGCCAGCUAGUAUCUCAUGGUGAUCGGAUUUUGUCACGUGCUGCCGAAACAUUUAAGGACGUCUCUGUUUCUUUGUCUGGUAAAGUCCCUCUGACGUAUUCAUGGUAUAGAACCCGAUCCCACCCUUCAGAGUUAACUGCUGGAGUCUAUAACACAGUAAAUAGAGACGGUUAUGAGGCAAUUGCUGAAACUUUCUCGAGAAAUUCGUGCAAUAUUAUACUUCCUGGAAUGGACCUAUCGGAUGAUCACCAGCCAAAUGAAUCCCGGUCGAGCCCAGAAUUAUUGCUUGCUCAAAUAACAGCGUCUUGCAGAAAGCACGGAGUAGAAGUCUCGGGCCAAAACUCUCUGGUUUCAGGUGGUCCUAAAGCUAUCGAACAAAUAAAAAAGAACUUGUCGGAUGAAAAUGCAGUCGAAUUGUUUACGUAUCAAAGAAUGGGAGCUUAUUUCUUUUCUCCUGAUCAUUUCCCUUCGUUUACUCAAUUCGUCCGGAACUUGAAACAGUUAAAUCUGCACUCGGAUGAUUUGCCACUGAAAGAUGACGAAACUGCCGACUCCCUCCCUGAUAUGAAUCUCCACAAGCAAGUUGCUUAA